AUGGUCCAUCCAGCUUGGACGCAGACGCAGGAUGGGCAGAGCUACGGCGCGAUUGCGAGCGAAAGACCGACGCGAGCAGAGGUGCAAAUGUGCUACAAGCUGCUUUGGGCCAACUUCAUCUCCACCCUCAUCCACUACUCGCACAAUUUCUUCAAGGCUGAGCUCUAUCCUCCAGUCUUUCCGUUCGUCUCUGCCUUUGCCUACAGACUUGGCAUCAUCAUCUUUUGGCCUCCCUUGACGCUGGGCGCGUACUACGGCUGGCUCAAGUUCGAGCAAGGACGCAUACACGAAGCUCUACCUUAUAUCGUCGGACACGCUUUGCUGGGCGCCACCACGCCUGGCCACCUGUUCGGAGGCGUCGUGAGUUGGCUCGCUUGCGGCUGCUAG